AGGCGGAAACAGCAUGAAUGAGUUGCAUGCUUUCACGGAGGUCACCUUAUUGAAACGGUAGUUUUAUACUUGAGGGGUAGAAUACAGUGGUUUCUAUUUUAGUGAACGAAUUAGCAACAAAAUAUGGCCGAGGCACACCAAGCUCGCGUGACAAAAGCUGUGGAAGAUAUGGUUGAAAACCUGGAGCGAGACCACAUACGCAAGAUGCAGGCGCGCAUGUUCCACUGUAGCGCCCAGUGUUGCGAGCGUUCCACGGACAGCAUGAACCAGGUGCAUUCGUGCAUCGAACGCUGCCAUACCCCCCUCGCACAUGCGCAAGGAACGGUCACCGCAGAGUUGGAAAAGUUCCAGGACAGGCUGUCGCGUUGCACCAUGCACUGCAGUGACAAGGCGCGGGACCUGUUCGACACGGGCGCCAAGGAGCCGGCGGUGCGGGUGGCCAUGGAGCAGUGCGUAGGGAGCUGCGUAGACGAUCACAUCAACCUGCUGCCCAGCAUGACCCGCCGCCUGCAGGACAGCCUCAACUCCAUAGCCGAGUCCCAGCCACAGUGACCAGACCAUCACAACGUAGCCUACCACACCAUACCGCAUCACAUCAAAUCAAAUCACACCGGCACGGCAGCCUUACCAUAAUACACCAUCAGGGGCCUCAUGUAUAAACCUGGUUCAGGAGUAGACCAGUUUGAGUUAGGAGUUAAAUCAUGUAAUAGAAGAGCCUGGAGUCCUCAUUUUCUUGAAGCCACAUAUUCUUAAGAAUUUAAGAACUCCAGGCUCUUCUAUUAGACGAUUUAUCACUUAACUUAAUCUGGUUUACUCCUGAACCUGCUUUGUCUUAUAGGCAGAGACGGUCGAUUAAAGAAUCUUUGGUAUAGGCCCCAAGGCUUGGGAGACGACUGCAGGAAUAAAACCUACCCAGAUAAUAUCACAGAAGAGGGCCCAACUGGCAACCAUACCUCACAUCCUCACCAACAGGCUUUUGCGAUUGGGAAAUGACCUUGACAACAUCACAGAAGAGGGACUGACUGCCAGCUAGCACAGUGGCUGCUGAGUGUAUAAACAUGUCACUUACUUGGUCAGGCUGAACAUGGAGGCUCUGAUACAGCAAUGCAAGCAAAUAUUUUCUUAUAAGAGUAACAUUAUUCAAACUCUGCUCACCCAAUGCAAAGGAGUGUGCUCAAGUUUGUUCUCCUAAGGGGGCGUUGUCCCCUCCUUCUCUUUCUGUGACAUUUGGUGACGGCUUGCAUAAGAUGUGCGCUACCGCCAUCUACUGUGCCAAGGGAACUCCAUUUAUUCUCAACCUAAAGCUUCCAAAGGUCUCCUAACCGAUGGUCUCUUAAAGGGGCGUUCACAUGACAUCACAUAGAUCCAGGAAAUGCAUGGGCUUGAAUCAUCUUGCUCUACUCUACUCUCUUUGAUGCAAGGUCAGGGUGAUGUACGUAUGGGCUCACGUAUGGAUGGAUGGAUGGAUGGGUGGAUGGGUCAGUGGAUGGAGGCAUGGAUGGAUGUGUGUGUGGUACUGUAAAUGGUCAUCAUGUGUUUCACCCCAAGAAAAGGGAUUCUGAUUGAAUUUGUAGGGCUAUUCAGUCAUUAAGGCAGCCUGACCUCUGGGUUUGGUUUUACUGUCGAGAUGUUAUUAUUGUUUUGGGUGUUGAAAUGAGACAUCCCAUUGCUGGCCUGAUAUUCUGAGGAAAUAAGAUGAAGGAAGGACAUUCAGCUUUGAAAAUACCCAAUUUGUUGUUUGAUUUAAUUACACAUGGCACUGAACCGCAGCUGUUAAUAAAAUAUUUACAAACAUGAUAUAACAUGAUGUAGUACUAGUACAUAUAAUAUGGUGCUAAAAAAAUAUCCACCACAGCCAUGCUGACAAAGUGACUAUUUGUGACAUGACCUUGAUAUUUGUGUGUGAUAGUCAGUUGUAUUGCAUUGGCCAGGCUUCAGAUAACAAGGCAGCAAGUGUGCGUAAUCCGCUCAAUGUUUUGUACAUCCCUCCAAAGAUUAAGAGGGACGUGCAACUCGGGUUUAACAUCUCUGAUCAGAGGGGUACACUAAGAAGUUCUCAACUGGUUCAGGAGUAAACUGGGUUAAGUCUAGGGCUGGGUAUCGCAGCCAGCUUCCUGUAUCGAUUCGAUUUCGAUUCUUAGGGCUUUGAAUCGAUUAAUCACGAUUCAAUUCGAUUUGAUUCGAAUCAUUCCGAAUCGAUUUAAUCCGUUCCUUUCUUGUUGCCAGAUUUCCCCCAAAAGAUGCUAUUGCCUAUUUUUAUAUAAAAAUGUCAAAGGGCUGUGGCUUGACAGUGUGAACAGAUUGCUAAUUUGUAAUAAGUAGGCCUAGGCCUAAUUGACUAAUACCUACUCGGUAUUUUCCAUAGACCUAAAUUAAACAAAAAGAACAAAAAGAAAAAGAACCAAAAAAAAAUCGCUUUUGUGCCCUGUGAAUCGAUCAUGUGAAUUUCGAUUCGAUUCGAUCGAUUAACUUGAUUAAUUUACCCAGCCCUAGUUAAGUCAAGAGGUGAAUCAUCCAAUAGAAGUGCCUGAAGUCCUGCCUCAAGGCUCCUCUAUUAGAUGAUUUACCUCUUAACUUAGCCUGGUUUACUCCUGAACCAGCCCCAUAGUAUAGGCCCCUGCACUGUGUGUUUGUUUGCAUGCCUAGUGUUGGGUGGCGUUCUGCGGAUAAGUGACAGUGGAAGUGUUUGUGGCUGUGGAAGUAAAAACGCAGCGAGGUCGGUGUGUGCUGCACAUUCAUACACACACUCCUUGCUGCUUGUGACAAAGUUGUGUCCUCUCUGUGAAAAAGAGUCAUGUACUGUUCGGCUUUCUGACUUUGUGCUCAUGUUUGUUUUUUAUACAAACAAUAAAUCAAUACCUGCGAUACCUCA